AAUACUGUAGGCAGGACAACAACUGAAACAGACUAGGCUCUCCUGAGAUACAUAGUUUACAACACUGCAACAGUAGCAGGAAAAAGUACGCACAGUACGCACAUGUUGAGAAGGACUGACAAAGAAACACUCACAGAAAGAUACAAGAGAAGAGCAACCAGAGGAAAAGACGAGCAAAUGCAAAAGAGACUCUGCAGAAAUCAAGAAACCCAGCAAGUCACCUUUUAAAACUCUGCAAGGAUUUUACAAGAAAGUAUUUUUUUUCUCCAGACCUACAUUAUGGCCUCGAUGGGGAUGCAGAUGCUGGCCAGCGCCCUGUGCCUCUUCGGUUGGGCAGGGGUCAUUGUCAUCUGCUUACUGCCAAUGUGGAGGGUCUCGUCCUUUGUGGGCACCUCCAUCGUCACCUCCCAGAUUUUCUGGGAGGGUAUUUGGAUGGCCUGCGUGGUCCAAAGCACAGGUCAGAUACAGUGUAAACCUUACGAGUCCCUCCUUGCCCUCAGUGGUGACAUGCAGGCUGCCAGAGCUCUCACUGUCAUUUCAAUCACUGUAGGUGCAGCAGGACUCAUUAUGGCCUUUGUUGGAGGAAAGUGCACCCGCUUCUUGGAUGAAACUGGAAAUGGGGCAAAGGGCAAGAUGGCUGUUGUGGCAGGAGCAGUGUUGAUGGCUGCAGGUCUGUUCUGUUUGAUUCCUACAUCUUGGGUGGCUGGGGCUUUAGUGAAGAACUUCUACAGUGCCUACAAUGAUGCUGAGAAGAGGGAGAUUGGUGCCUGUCUCUACAUUGGUUGGGGAGCAUCUGUUUUGCUUGUUCUUGGAGGUGGUUUAUUCAUUAGCUCUGCAUGCCCCAUAAAAGCCCAUGACACAGAGAAGAGGACAUCUGUGCGUUACCAGGUGGUUCGCUCCUACAAUGGGUCCAACCUGGGGGGUUCUCAUCGCAGCAGGGCGCCAUCGGCAAAGUUACUGCCUGUUGGAGUGGACUACCCCAGGCCUCAUGGCUAUGAGGGAGUGACUUCAAAGCCCCAGCAGUACACAAGGCCUCCAUCCUAUCAGGAUAUGUCUGAGCAGGGCUCAAAAGAGGAGUCAGAGAAAUCAUGGGCACCUUCAACAAAGUCACAACUGAAAAAGGCAGACUCGACAAAAUCGAAACACAGUGAUGUACCAUCUACAAAGUCUCAGCUGAAAGAAGCAGAAAUGGACACCUUAUCAGUUAAGAGUGACGGGGAAGAUUUAUCCUCAAACCCACCAAAGACAUACUUAUAAUAUAAUUACAUAUAAUUAAAUAUGUGUACUUAUGUUGACACAAAAGACAGUUUACUCUACUGCUCUUUAUAAGUUGCCUUUUCUUUGUUUGUGAGUGUUUACUGACUUUAUUUGAGUAUAAAUAUACUCCAUGAUGCUUCCUUUUUAAAGGAUGAGAUGGAAAAGUUCAGGAGUACAUUUAUUAAUAUGCCAAAAAAAUGUGUGAAGAAUGCGACAAUUAACUUCUAACAAAUUCCUAUUUAAACACUGUUACUGUAAAUGUGAAACAUUAAUUUGCUAUCAGAUCUCUUUUUUUUUUGGUGUUUACCUCAGACUUUUAAAGUUCUCGUUUAAAACGGGCAGCAGGGUUUUACCUUUGAGUAGACACAUAUUUUAUUAGACACAUACACAUUGUAUAUUGUACAUUAAUUGAAAGCAUUACAUUAUUGAAUGUGCUCUUUGGUGAAUAUCUCUAUGAAGAAAUUCAAUUAUUGAAAAUACAAAGUUUUGUUAUUUUGUUAUUUUAAUGAUCAUGCCAUUUGGCACAGUGAAAUGUCAUUGCACUUUGUUGACUGAUACUUUUGCAUUUGCUGUUCAAUAAAUGACUGUGAGCUGAU